AUGAACAGGCCGGGCUACGAUUAUACCGUGCCUGCAUCCACCACCUAUUACGCGAGUAAUAACCGGCCACCGCAAUACGAGCGCGGCUACGGACAGCUCACAGCCGGUCCUCUUUACAGUCCCUCCUCCCACCCCCUCUCCAAUUACGCAGAUGUAUACGAGGGUAACAACGACACCACUCUUAGGGCAGAAGAGAGGCACUGGUACAUAGAAAACCAUAAAAAUUUACAACCAAGCUAUGAAGUCAGUGUCGAUGCCAUACCUCAAGAUGCCAAAGUUAAGAAAGAGGAGGAGAAGAAAAGUGAAGCUCCAAUCCGACGCUCUGAAGCGGGACAGCCGCGACAGAGACGGAAAGAGGAUCGGUGUUCCUGCGAGUGCUGGCCUAGUACUGACAAUAAUAUCGUGCAAGAUAGUACAGGGAACGAGACGACGCGGUCGUUGUCGGGCGUCGACAUGGUCGCCUCGUACGGAGUCUAUGGGAACCCCAGGGAUGACGACAGCUCUGGGUUCGCCCGACUGUCAGAGAAGAGUGCUGUGUAUGGACAAGGGAGCGAUGCUCCAGUACAGGGUGUGAUAGUGAAUCAGCAGGGGAACAGUGCGGUGGUACGAGCAUCUUCGCCCGUGCAGCCUGCCUGCAGUCGCUGCUGCGGGUGGUCCACCACUGCAGGCAGUGCUCCCGCAGCCAACUCUGAAGAUUAUUGCUGGAUACACUACUGCCGCCCUGCGCUUAUAGUCUUACUACUAUUAUUUUUUCUAGUCUUGUUGGGCGUUUCUACUGGUUUCUUACUGACGAAUAACUAUUUACAUUAUCAGCCGCGGCCUCCAGCUCCUGAAGAGGCAUGUGAAAAAACAUUUUGUCGCUGGGGCGCCGAGUGUGUGUCCCUCGGGGACGGGCGUGCCCACUGUGCUUGCCCCACGACGUGUCCGACAUCGCCGGCUCCCGUGUGUUCCACCGCCGGCAGAACGUACCGCAACCAUUGCUACUUACGUAAGGAAGCCUGCGAGCGACGACUGAACCUCCGCGUCAAGCAUGAGGGCGAAUGUGAUGCUGGAGACCCAUGUACAGGAGUAACCUGUCCAGCAGGUGCCCGAUGUGUGGCCGCCUAUGGCCAAGCUGAAUGUAGAUGUCCACGGAGUUGUCAACGACGCAAGCCAGUGUGUGGGACUGAUGGAAGGGAAUACUCCUCAGUUUGCCAUCUUGACAAACAUGCCUGCGAUAACCAAUUCAACAUUACCAUCAAAUACCAUGGAAAAUGCGAUCCCUGUUCGGAACAUGAAUGUGCUGACGGUGGUGUUUGUCAGUUAAAUGAAGCACGAGCGCCAGUCUGCAGAUGUGGUCCACCAUGUGAUCUGUUGGUGCGGCCCGGCUCCGCCGUGUGUGGCUCUGACUACAAAGACUACCCGAGCGAGUGCGCCUUGCGUAGAGAGUCAUGUCGAACUCGUCAGCAACUCACCAUAGCAUACAGAGGAGAGUGCGCUUCAGCUCAACACCCAUGUGACUCGGUCAAGUGCGGGUCUCGCGAGCAUUGUACACUGGAUGCUCGCGGCGUGGCCGUGUGUGGAUGUGGCGCGGAAUGUGAGGCGGUGGUGCGGCCCGUGUGUGGCUCGGACGGCCGGACCUACGACUCCCGCUGUCACUUGGACCGCGCCUCGUGUCUAGAUAAUCGAGAUGUACGAGUUGCUUACACAGGACCCUGCGGUGUAGAAAAUCCGUGCGCUCGCGCUUCAUGUCCGUGGGGCGGGGCAUGCGUAGCGCGAGGUGGUGCAGCUCAGUGUGCAUGCCCGGUGUGUGACGCUACGCUGACCCCUGUGUGUGCUUCCGACCGCAAUACUUAUGGAUCUGAGUGUAAAAUGCGCAUGCACGCCUGUCAGGAAGGCGUACCUGAUGGAGAACUGAAGGUGCUAUACAAUGGAACAUGCCAGACGUGUUCGGACAUCGUGUGCAAGGGCGGCGGCGACUGCGUGGUGGACGCAGACAGCGGCCGGCCCAUAUGUCGGUGCAACCACAACUGCACCGAGGCACAGGAAUCAGACGUGGUAUGCGGGAGUGACGGGCAGACGUACCCGUCGCAGUGUGAACUGGACUCGACAGCGUGUCGGGAACAAACUGAUCUGCGGCUCGCCUACAAAGGCGAUUGUGCUUUGUGUGAAGGUGUUCAAUGCGCUUUUGGAGCUCAUUGUGCUGCUGGCGAGUGCGUGUGUCCUACGGACUGUACCGGGGCUGCUCGAGAACCAGUCUGUGGCAGCACAAUGCAAACUUUUCCGAAUGAGUGUGAACUGCAAAAGGCCGCAUGUAGGCUACCUCCACCGGCUACACUACACGUCAUAUUUUAUGGAGACUGCAAAGACAGACUGGCCGUCGUACCUCCUAUAGCAAUGACUACGACCGCGAUGACCACCACCGAGGCGGAGGAUGGUUCCACAGAUGUGUGGGGCGCCACUGACUUGGACGGCACGGCCAAUCCCUCCGCUUGUCGAGAUAUUCGCUGUGAUUUCGGCGCCAGUUGCGAAAUUGGCUCUGAUGGUUAUCCACGCUGCUCCUGCCUUUUCGAGUGUCCGCACGAAACAGAAUACUUCCCCGUGUGUGCCUCAGACUUUCGACUUUAUCCUAGUCUCUGCGCUAUGCGAAAAGAGGGUUGCCAAAAACAACUUGAGUUGAGACUUCGACCGUUGGAUCUUUGUAAAGGUAUGGAAGUAAGACCCUGCGGUAAUAAUAAAGCAAUGGUUGACCCUACCACUGGCCUCGAAAUAGACUGUGGUAACGGGCCGCACAGACAGGAUUGCCCCGUUGGCAGCUACUGUCAUAUCACGCUGACAGCGGCACGGUGCUGCCCCAAAAACGAUUCGAGACAAUUUGAGGAAAAGAAGAUAUCUCACUGUUCGGAGACGUCGUAUGGAUGUUGUUCGGACGGUUCGACCACAGCCAGUGGUCCUAAUGAGGAAGGGUGUCCAAUCACGAGCUCGACUUGCGGUUGUAACCGGCUCGGCUCGGUGUCGGAUCGAUGCGAUGAGGACGGACAGUGUGUUUGUCGGCCCGGUGUGGGCGGCCUCAAGUGCGACCGAUGCGAGCCUGGCUACUGGGGACUUCCGAGGAUCGGAUCCGGCCACACUGGAUGUAUUCCUUGUGGGUGUUCAGCUUUCGGUUCAGUGAGAGAGGAUUGCGAACAAAUGACUGGUCGAUGUGUUUGCCGAACUGGGGUUCAAGGACAGAAGUGUACUGUGUGUGCCGACCACAGACGCAGAUUAGGACCCAACGGGUGUUCCGACCCUGAAACGGGUGGCGUUGUAUCAUCCUGCGCUGAACUGUCAUGUUACUUCGGCGCGGUGUGUACGGAGCGCACUGGAGGCGCGCUGUGCGAGUGUGCAGCGGCUCCAUGUUCCGAUAGCGACACCAACAUGCUGGUAUGCGGUAGCGAUGGCAAAACUUACGAGUCAGAGUGUCACCUCAAAUUGCAAGCGUGUCGCACGCAAGAGGAUAUAGUGGUGCAAGCGUUUGGUCCUUGCAAGUUGGGCGAGGUGGCUGGUACGGCAGGCCCACCACGGCCAUCGUCACCGAUACAAUUCACACAGCAGGAUGACGGCGCAGCUUCCAAAUCUACCAGACACCUUCUCAAUCCUGACAAAUACUAUAACAAAUAUGACUGGACCAGAAAAGAGACGCCAAGUGACUUCGAUAGCAUCCUAUCUGGACAAAAAUUCAAAGCCACAACGGCAACAGUGGGAUCUGGUGCGGUUGGCGCCCUACUGGGCGACUUGUGCGCUGACGAUGGCGACUGCGCCGCCCUCCCGGGUGCGGAGUGCGCGCGCGACGCAUGUGUGUGUCGCGCGGGACACGUGCCAACCUUACAUAGAAAAGCAUGUGUUGAACAAAUUCCACAAGAGACCACAGAAGAAUAUAGCGCUUGUUUAUCAGAGCCAUGUUACAAUCUCGGUACAUGUAUUGAUUUGCCUGGAUCCACUUACACGUGCUUGUGUGCCGGCCCUUACACAGGAUUGAACUGUGAGUCCCUCGCAAAGGACGGACUUCUGGCCACCUACAUAGAGACUCCUUCCUUCGACGGCACUUCUUAUAUAAGACUAAAACCCUUGAAAGCUUACCACAAGUUGAAUAUCGAUAUUGAAUUUAAAGCCUUUUCCGAGAACGGCGUCAUAUUGUACAAUCAGCAAAAACCUGACGGCACGGGUGAUUUUGUUUCGCUCGCCUUAGUCAACGGAUAUUUAGAGUUUAGGUAUAAUCUUGGAAACGGAGUGUUAAUACUUACUUCACUAGAGAAGAUAACAUUAAACGAGUAUCACAAGGUGUCUGCGAAGCGAUACCAUCGAGACGGGAUUUUAUCAGUCGACGAUAUGGAAGACGUGGUCGGCCAAUCUAGUGGCCAUUUAAAAGCGCUGGAUUUGAAUGAAGACGCUUAUAUCGGGAGCGUGCCGACUAACUUUUCUAGAGUCUUCGAUAAUAUUGGCACUCGGCACAGCUUUAUCGGCUGCGUAAAAUACUUGAGGAUAAUACGUCAUCAAGUGACAAAGAAAUUGGGCCGUCCGGAUUCAUUAGUCGUUGCUAUAGAAAACGUACAGGAGUGCCAAUCCAACCCAUGUAUGAGUAUGCCGUGCAAGAAUGGUGCCACGUGUAAAUCUAUAGACGGGUCGGCGACCGAAUAUACUUGUAGCUGCCCUAUCGGAUUUCAAGGAGCCAAUUGUGACGAGAGAUUAGAUCCGUGCGAGUCGAAUCCCUGCGGAUAUGAUGAGGGGCUAUUGUGUGACAUCGGGACGGACGGCGGACACGUUUGCCGUUGUUUGUUUGGAGGUGAAAUUGGCUCCAAUGGAAACACUUGCAAUAAUGACGUAAAUGUGGUACAAGAAACCUGGUCCCCUCAGUUCAACGGGACGAGCUACAUUGAAUUGCCGCCACUUGAAGGGCUGGGCAAAGCGUUCCGCAUUGAAAUUUGGUUUUUAACGAACCGAUUUUCCGGAAUGCUCCUUUAUACUGGCCAGUCUAAUAAAGCCAAGGGGGAUUUUAUAGCGAUUAACCUGGUUAAUGGUUACCUUCAGUUUAGAUACAAUUUGGGGAGCGGUAUUGCUAAUAUAACGUCGCCAGUCCCGAUAACAAAGGGUCGUUGGCAUCGAGCGCGGGUGUCCCGUUCAGGUCGGCAUGGUAGUCUACAGUUAGACCACCAUCCUACACAGAAAGGACACUCUUUUCCUCCAUUGACACAUUUGGAACUGACUCUACCCUUAUUCAUUGGAUCGCUACCCUCUUACAUUCGUCCGCACAAGAUGUCAGGCGUGACCAGCAGUUUCAUAGGCUCGGUGCAACAGGUCUUUGUGAAUGGCAAACCUUUGUCUUUGUAUGGGGCUGACACGGCUAAGUGUACGAUAGUGCAGGAUGAAGAUCGCCUCCCUUGUGCCACUACUGGGGUCACUCGGUACACCGGGCCGCCUUGUGGAGAGGAUCUAACGCCAUGCAAGAACAAUGGCUCCUGUAUACCCCUCCUUAAUGAAUACAAGUGUACUUGUCGAGACGGGUACCAAGGCAGGAACUGUGAGAUUCAGAUCAAUGUUGAAAUGCUUAAUGAGAGGACACCAGUCAACUUUGAUGGAAACAACUACUUCUCCUAUCGAAGCAGAGGCAGUCGCAGCUUACAUACUAACACAGACGUCGGUGAGGGACACUAUGGUGUAAGAUAA